AUGAAGUACUCCUUUGCUCUUAGCGCUCUUGCGCUCAUCUGCGGUUCAUCCGCUCAACAGGCCCUUUGGGGACAGUGUGGUGGUAUUGGCUGGACUGGCGCAACUAACUGUGUCGCUGGCGCCGCUUGCUCCACCUUGAACCCAUACUACGCUCAGUGCUUGUCUGCCGCUGGUCAACCAACCACCACUCCAGCUACCACUCCCCGCACUACCACUCCAGCUACCACUCCAGCUACCACCACCCGCACCACCACUCCAGCUACCACUCCCCGCACCACCACUCCAGCUACCACCCCAGCUACCACUCCUCGCACCACCACCCCAGCCACCACCCCAGCCACCACACGAACCACCACUCGUGCUACUGGCGGUGUCGGUAACCCAGUUACCAUCAACGGAAAUCCCUUCGCUGGACGUAAGCAACAUUACAAUGCUUACUACUCUUCCGAGAUCUACAACAUUGCCGUUCCAUCUUUGGUCGCUGCCGGCAAGGCCUCUUUGACUGCCGCUGCUAAGGCCGUCGCUACCGUCCCAACUUUCGUUUGGUUCGAUACCAUUGACAAGCUUUCCCAGCUUGAGGGCCAUCUCAAUGACAUCCGUGCUAAGCGUGCUACUGGUGAGGACACUCUCGGUAUCUUCGUCGUUUACGAUCUUCCAGACCGUGACUGCGCCGCCCUUGCCUCCAACGGUGAGCUUUCCAUCGCCAACAAUGGUGUCAACAUCUACAAGACCCAGUACAUCGACCCCAUGGUUGCCAUCUUCAAGAGGUACCCAGAUAUCCCACUUGCCUUGGUUAUCGAACCCGACAGUGUCGCCAACAUGAUCACCAACAUGGGUACCGCUAAGUGCGCCAACGCCAAGUCUGCCUAUGAGGAGUGUAUCAGCUACGCUGUUCAGAAGUUGAACUUGCCAAACAUUGCCAUGUACCUCGAUGCCGGUCACGCCGGUUGGCUCGGAUGGCCAGACAAUCUCUCCAAGUCUGGCCCAUACUACGCCAACAUCUACAAGAACGCCGGUUCCCCAGCUUCUUUCCGUGGUCUUGCCACCAACGUUGCUAACUACAACGCCUGGUCCAUCUCUACCUGCCCACCAUACACCCAGGGUGCCUCCAUCUGCGACGAGAAGCGAUACAUCAACGCUUUCGGUCCUCUCCUGCGCCAAAACGGAUGGGAUGCUCACUUCAUCGUUGACCAGGGUCGUUCUGGCAAGCAGCCAACUGGCCAAGGACAAUGGGGUGAUUGGUGUAACGCCAUCGGAACCGGUUUCGGUAUCCGCCCAGACACUGCCACCAACGAUGCUCUCCUCGAUGCCUUCGUCUGGAUCAAGCCAGGUGGUGAGUGCGACGGUACUUCCGAUACCUCCGCUGUCCGAUACGACUCCCACUGCGGUUCUUCUUCCUCCCUCAAGCCCGCCCCUGAAGCCGGUACCUGGUUCCAGGCCUACUUCGAGCAGUUGCUUGUCAACGCCAACCCAUCUUUCCCGUAA